ACGGCAGACGGCCCAGUGCCGGAGAAAAAUUUGCCGCCCGCAGGCCGCAGCAGGCUUCAUCGCUCAGUUCCCAGUUUUCAGUUUCCACCUCCCGCAUCCCCACCGGUUUGUGCCGCCACCCCAUCCGCCGGCCCCGGCCAUCCAACCACGGCGUUCCCGAAUGCGCUGCCGCCACUUCCUUAACCCCAUCCUCUCCCCUCUCUCCUUCGCAAAACCCCCCUCCCGUCCCCUCGCCAGCCGCGGAAGCACCGUAGCCCCGCCACCCGCGCAGCUCCGCGCCGCCCUGGCCGAGCCCGACGUCGGCAUCUCCCGCUUCGCUAAUUCGCUCCCCGGCUUCAGCGGCGCCCUCAAGCAGAGGUACUCCGACUUCGUCGUCCACGAGGUCGCCCGCGACGGCACCCUCGUCCGCCUCACCUCCUUCGAUCUCCCCGACGAGCGUGUAGGUGCGGAGGAGGAGGAGGAGGAGGCCGACGUGGACCUCUCGCAUGUGCUGGAGUCGUUCCGGCUGCUCUGCGGUGAUGCAGACUGUGACACAUUGAGGGGAUUUCUGUUGAGGGUUUCAGAGGGCGAUAGCAAUGUCUUGCCGAUCAUUCUCUCGGCUGACGCUGAUAAGGCUCAUCGCUCGGAGGUGCACGACUUCUUCAAAAGGAACUUCAUGUUCUUGGUCACGGAUACUGUUGAACACAGCGAUGGGGUUCAGAGGUGUAUUAGGGUGCGGUUGAGACCAGGGCCAGGUAGACGGAGGAAUGCUGGUGAGACAGGGGUGAAUCGGAAGGGCAUGGGCAGUUCUGGAUCUUCAGGCUGGAGAGAUGACAGGCCAUUUGAUAGUAGAUCAUCUAUAGCCUGGCCUUAUCAUCUCGGGAAAUUCCUUAGGUUUCAUCUCUACAAGGAGAACAAGGAUACACAAGAGGCACUAAGAGUGAUAGGAAAAAUGUUAGGGCUUCAGCCAAAAUCAUUUGGGUUUGCUGGGACAAAGGAUAAACGUGCUAUUACAACACAACAGGUAACGCUUUUGAAGGUACAUGCCAGUAGGUUGGCUGAUCUAAAUAGCAAACUCAUUGGCAUUAAAGUUGGAGACUUUGAUUAUGUGAAGGAGCGCCUUGUUCUUGGUCAACUCAUGGGAAACCGAUUUACAAUUACUUUAAGGAGUGUUGUUGCAGAAUCAGAAGAUUUGAUUAAGGCAGCUAUUGAUGGAUUGAUAAAAGGUGGAUUUAUAAAUUACUAUGGUCUGCAGCGUUUUGGCAGUGCUUCAGUACCAAAUCAUCUCAUUGGUGCUGCUUUGCUUAGAGGAGAGUGGGAAAGUGCUGUUAACUUGAUUCUUGAUCCAAAAGAAGGAGAGUGUGAUGACAUGAAUGGGGUGAGGGAACAUUAUGAGGAACAUGGUGACAUCGACGUGGCGAUUAGGAAUUUCCCUCGGCGUCUCAUAGCAGAGAGGGCUAUCCUUCAGCGUUUGAAGAAGUACCCUGGCAACUAUCUACAAGCACUAAUGGCUAUACCUAGAACAUUGAGAUUGAUGUAUGUACAUAGUUACCAGAGUUACCUAUGGAACCAUGCCGCGAGUAUGAGAGUUGGAAAGUACGGUACUACACAAGUCGUAGAAGGCGAUUUGGUGUACAGAAAAGAAUGUCAUUUUGGGGAAGGAACUGUAACUGAUACUUCAGAAGAUGCUGACGGCCGUACUAAUUUAUCUGAAAUGGACAUAUCUUGUGAAACAGUCCCAGAAGAAACAAUCCAGUCCGUCAAGAUAACUGACUCUGAAGAUUUGUUGAAGGCAAUUUACAAGUUUGAGGACGUUGUCCUUCCUCUGCCUGGUUCAGAAACAUUGUUUCCUGGGAAUGAAGUUGCUGGGAUUUAUCAUGAAAUAACUAAGAAGGAUGGCAUUAGCCUGACAGAGAGCAUCCAUGGGGUCAAGGAGUUCUCCAUUACAAGCAUGAAAGGAGGAUACCGUCGUGUAAUCCAACGACCUAUUGAUCUUGAAUGGGAUCUCGUGACUUACACAGAUGACAAAACACCCUUAGUCGAAACUGAUUUAGAUGUUCUAUCCAAAGCCGAGUCACUGAAAGCAAAUGAACCACUAUCUACUGGGGUGUUCAGCUGCACAUCACAAGAAGAUUCAUUGCACACCUCAGGAGCAACCAGCCUAGUAGAGACCAAAUCUAUUGGCAGCUCAGAUCUGUUACCAGAUCUGCUGGCUGUAAAAUUAGAUUUUACUCUACCAGCAUCAUCUUAUGCUACAAUGGCUAUCAGGGAGCUGAUGAAGACUUCAACUUCGGUUGAUCAUCAGAACUCAGAAUACAUUAAACUCCUGAAACUACAGCAACAUGCAUCAUUCGUGAAUCUGACCUCUUAAUGUUGAGCGCGUGGAAUUACGGGUGUACGUGGCAUCAGCUGUAUGAGUAAACUUUGUCUUGUUGCGCGGUGAGAACUCAAAUGCUUUCCUCGUUUGUACGCCAUGGAGGAUUUCUCUAGCAUUUCUGCAUUGCAUAUUCUAGGCUAACAUGAGAUGAGCUAAUGAGAAAGACUUAAAUGGAGGAUUUCUCUAGCAUUUCUGCAUUGCAUAUUCUAGGCUAACAUGAGAAGAGCUAAUGAGAAAGACUGAAAUGUCGAUACCUCUCCCUGUAUAUGUACGCACUUUCUUUUCUGGACUACUAUGGGUACGCAGCUUUGUACGAUGUA